CUCUAAUUUGAAUCAACCAUAAAAAGAAGAGCCUUGAAAGUUAAUCGUUGGAAGAAGAGGCAAUAUUGAGACGUUUCAAGUUCUACGUGGGAGCAAAUUAUGUUAACGCUAAAUAUUGUCAACAGUAACUAUCAGGUAUGAACAGGAAACGGGCUCUGAUUUUAGACACUUUCAAGGUGAAGAAAAGGAGAAAUGAUGCUGAAACGUUUGGAGGAGUAGACGAUAAAGAUGAACCAGCUGGCAUUAGAUCCACCCUGGAGUACCUUAUGACACUUUUCCCCAGAAAACUCUUCAAUGACACCUUGCCGCAAAUUGUGCUGAAGCACCAGCUUUACAGCAUACAUAAAGACAAGACUUUGGUCGACAAAGAAGUGAAUAAACUGCGUGAGCAUGGAGAGCUGCUGAUGUUCCAGCUUGGGUUUGAUGCAGAAGCUUUUGGUCUAGUUUUUGCUUUGGAUUACAAGACCAAAGUCCUGGCAGGACAAGAGGGGAAAGUGACACAAGCGACGGUGGAGAAGUUCUUGGAGAAAGUGGUGUCCUCAUCCACAGAUCUGAGCUUCAGCAAAGACAAGAUGCUGAGGGAGUUUCUCUUCACAGACUCUGAGAUAACGCAGCUGGUGAAGUCAGGGGUCCUGACUGUGAGAGAUGCUGGCAGCUGGUGGCUUUCCAUUCCCAACUCUGGCAAAUUCACAAAGUACUUUAUCCAAGGCCGUAAAGCAGUGCUCGGCAUGGUGAAGAAGUCUAAAUAUAGUGAAGUAUUAAAGGCAGACAUAGAGGAGCGGCGCACAACUUCACAAGUGAAAUUCCACAUGAAAUACCACAUCCACGACAUUGUUGGUGCAGAGCUGGUAGAAAGCAUACCUACAACGUCAGGAAUAUUGUUGCGCUUUGUGGAUUCCUGAGCUGUUACAAGGCUCCCAUCAACCAAAUGAAGAUGAGAAAUACAUGAAAUGAACAAAGACAAUGGAAAGUGUUUAUAUGAAACUGAAUUUCUGAUUUCAGAUGCAGAAUCUGUGCCAAACGCAUUACAAAACCCUUGUGGGUAAAUAAGUUGUCAGUUUUGAUAAGAUGACCAUGUCACGUUUUGAUUUAUCCUAUUGUUAUCCUAAAAUGCAAACAUUUACUUGAGAUUAUACUGUCAAGCAGGAAGCAGAAGUCUGCUUACAUUGUCAGUAACAUAGCCAAGGUUAUAUUUAUUAUAUUAAAUGAGUUUUCCAACUAGAGCAAAGUACUUCCUUUUGAUUUAGUACGUGUCCUAAAACAUACUUUGCUGGUUCUUUGUGGGCUGAGGUAGAGCUAAAAGAUUAUAAAUGACCAGGUGGAAUAGAGUAUAUAAUGGUAAACAUCAGUGGAAAUGAUUUGUGUUGGAAGAAUAUUUUGGAGAUCCCUUUAUUUUGAACAUCAUUUAACUAAACUUCCACUUUGAUCUGUAAUGAUUCGGUUCCCUGUUAUUGAUUUGGUAUCGAUAUGUAGUAAAUAGAACUGCCAAUG